AAAUCACUAAAGAAAAAGAGAAAAAUAGACGUAUUUUAUGUCAGUCAAAUAAAGACCAUCUUGCAAGAGAAAGUCUAAUGGAACUAGAUGUCCAACUUGAAGAUGAUGAAGGUGAAAUAGAAAUAGAUAGUCAGUUUGGAGGUGAUGAAAGUGAUGAAGAUGGAAUAGAAAUAGAUAGUCAGCUUGGAGAUGAUGAAGAUGGAAUAGGAAUAGAUAGUCAGCUUGAAGGUGACGAAGGUGGAAUAGAAAGUCAGCUUGGAGGUGCAAAG